AUGGCCGGCAACGAGGAGGUCUUCCUGGCCUACGAGACGGUCACGUGCAUGAGUGUCGAGACCUCGCGCACGCUGUGCCUGCUCCUCAAGCUCCUGGCCGACGACCUGUUCGGCCGCGAGGCCGGCCCCUCGCCCCCCGCGGAGGGCCUCUCCCUGCGCGACCUCUACCACUACAAGUCACCCGCCCUACGCCCGGCCCACGAGCCCGCGGCGGGCGUGGCCGAGUGGGGCUGCGUGGCGUGCACCUACCUCAACGUGCCCGCGAAUUCGGCCUGCGAGAUGUGCAACACGCCGCGCCCUCCGACGACCAGCACCGCGGCCGCUACGAACGCGAGUGCCGCCAAGAGCGAGGCCAUGGACGAGGACAAGGCGGGCGCAGACGGCCAAACAACGGAGCUGCAGUCGCCACACGCAGCCGCAGCCGCAGAAGAGGCAAAGGGAGAUGCUGAUGCUGGUGGUGAAGAAGGGAAGGCGCGUCAGGAGGAGCCCAGCCUGGGCCUCGCUCGGCAUCUGGAGCCGGCCGAGAAGCUGUACCUGGCCCUCGCCCUCUCCCGCAUCCUGCGGGCCAACCUGGCCUCGUGCCUGCGGCGCGAUCUCGCCUUCGACGUGCUCGGUCUCGACACCCUCCGCGACACUGAGGGCUCGCCCCAGUUGGCGCUCCAGCUGCUGCGCACCCUCUACCGCUUCGCCGAGGCCUACGAGCGCAGCAGCAGCGGCGCCGCCUGCCGCGGGACCUCCUCCACGCGUUCCGCCCCGCCACCGCCGCCCUCCUCCUCGACCUCCUCCGCCCCUCUUCGUCUUCUUCCUCCUUCUCCUCCUCGUCUCCUGCCCUCGACGCCACCCUCUUCGCGUGCCCCGCGGCCCCUCCCGCGGCUGCGACGACCGCCACCGCCACGAUUGGCGACUGCGAUUUCCGCCGGCCGCUCCAAGCGCGGGCCCAGAACGCGGACGACGCAGAGAACACCGUUGACCGCGCCGCCGACGCCGGGCUGGUGGUGGCGUCGGGGUGGCGCCACCGCGGGCGACCACAUGCAGACCGAAGGCGACAACAAGGAAGAGGCCGAAGAGGCGGAAGAGGCCGCGGGCGCCAGCAGCAACGGCAGCAACAGCAACGCGGUGGUGGAGGCCGCCCUCACUCUGCUGGCGCGCGACAUGGAGCGGGCCGUGCCCCCUACCACGCCCGAGGCCGCGUGCCUCUGGUCGCCCGUGGGACCCGAGUUGCUCAGCCUGCAGUUCCUCAAGCUCUACCAGCACCGGGCGCUCACCGCCCUCGCCCUGCCCCCUCGGGCUGCUGCCACCGCGACCGCCGCCGACGCCGCCACCACCGCACCAGCAGCGGUGGCCCCACCGUCGGCCUCGCUCGCCUACUUUGCCUUCUACGGGUCCCACCCGACAGAGCCCGCGACGGCGGCCGCGGCGGCGACGACGCCCCACAACGAGUGGGACCUCCCGCGGGACGACGCCGCCCGGCUGAAGGUGGAGGCCGAGCUGCACCACUACCUGCGGCGCCUCCUCGCCCUCUCCCUGGCCUCCCUCUCGGCCCUCGCCGCCUCGCUUCCGGCGCCCGAGGCUGAAGAGGACCCCCCGGCCGAGGCGCGCCGCGUCCACCACGCCGUGGCCGCCAUGCACGCGACGGCCACGGGGCAGCUGCUGCUCCCCUUCCUGCGCCUGGCCUCGCGCAAGCAGCUCGCCUGCCCGCUCUUCCUCAAACCCCUCUCCACCCUCCUGCGCCCGCUGCGCGCCCUGCACGCCUUCCUCCUCCGGCACUGCACCAACGAACCGGGCUUUGGGGAUACCAGCGGCUUCCUCGCCUCCCUCACCACAGCGGCCGCCAAGAUGAUCGCCGCCGGCAUCGAGCAUCUGGCGGCGGGUGACGAGCCCUCGGCGCAAGAGCAGGCCUUGGCCGAGUGGUUGGAGGCCGACAUCUUCGCCGGCGGACUUCCCCUCACCCCGCCACCGGCCACCACGGCCGGCCUCAGCCCCGCCCGGCUCUUCCUCGCCCUCUUCGUUGGGGCGGCCCGGCCCGCACCCGACGAGGUCGGUCCCACGAAACCGGCGACGGAGGUGGCCCUGUGGCUCGAGGAGGCCCUGCGCGCCAGGCCCCUCGGUCGGCGUGGUGGCCCCACCGUAGAUCGACUGCUCCGGGCGGUGACGGCGGCCCUGCUGUGGCACAUGGGUCUGGUGGGCGAUGCGCUGACCAUGGGCCACUACCUGACCACCGUGGGCCGCUCCUCUCCAAAGCCCGCGUCCCUUUCCGCGCGCCUCCAGCAGGCCCUCGACACCGCCUACUCGGUGCGGGUGUGGGUGCUGCAGCAGGUGCAGGAGCGCAAGGGUGACGACGACGCCGCGGCCGAACACUUUGCCGACGCGCUCAUGCGCGCAGCCGCGACCGGCGGUGCCGCUGCUUCGGGGGCGACGCGGGCGGGCCAACUCGCCUCGUUCCGCUUCCAGACUUCGAUCGCUCUCCCCACAACACAGCCCUCCCCUCCCCUCUCACGCAAGCCCCAGCCCCAGCCCCAGCCCCAGCCCCAGCCGCCGCCGCAGCAGCAGGAGCAGCAGCAGGAGCAGGAGCAGCAGCAGGACAGUGAGCCCGCCAGCAGCGCGGGCGGCGGUGAGGGCCGGUCCAGAGGAGGCGCGAGGAGGCGGGGCCUCAUGGGACGCCUCAAUUCGUCGGGCGACGGGUUCUCCUACCCGCGCCGGCAGGCGAGCAAGCGGAAGCGGGGCGCGGCCCCCGCGGGGUCGUCGGGCAGCAGCAGCACCACCACCACUACCUCCUCCGCCGCCGCUGCCGGCUCCUCGCAGGGCGGGGAGGGGGCCGCUGCCGAGCUCCGUCCGCGCCCCUUCCUCCAGUCCCUGCUCCUCAGCCGCUCCACCUCCGUCGACAGCCUCGGCAAGUGGGCGCAGGAGCGGCAGUCCAAGGAGAAGGCCGAGAAGACGCUCCAGGCCAUUUACUACAAGUGGAAGACCUUUCGCGAGAAGAUCAUCCUCCCAUCGGCCAAGGCCUCCUUAUCGUCAUCGUCAUCGUCGGCGUUGUCCGCGGCCGACUCGCCCCUGGCCUCGCUCGACAAGCAGGUGGCCAACUUCCUCCAGGACGACGCCGUCGACGUCGACGCCCUCCGCCAGUGCCUGCAGCAGCGACAAGUCCGGGCGCGUGGACGCGAGCGGGCGCUGAGGCUCGUGUGCUCCAUGCUCGAUUCCCCGCCGGGAGAAGGCGAGCCGUCCGAGCACCGCGAGAUGGCCCUGCACCACCUCUACCGCGCCUUGUGGUGCCAUCCCGCCCCCGCCCCCGUGGUGAUGGGAGCCGGCCAGUCCUUGCUGGGCGCCAUCAAUGCGCAGAUGGAGCGCCUCAGCGUGCGCCUGGUGGGUCUCAUCACCCGCCAUGCCGCCUCCCCGUCAACGUUGGACGUGCACUCGCUGCCUCUGUUGCUGCUGGCCCUCUGCUACGCCGGGCGGCUGUUCGACGGGUGGGCCGCGCCCAUGGCCAGGCUGUUGCCCUCGGCGCUGGCCGCCCUCGAGAGCUUGCGGGUGCACCCGGGCGACCGCCCCGCGCUGCCCCCGGCGCCGUCGCUGCGGACCGUCCGGGCGGUGGCGUGCCGCACGCUCCGGCUGCUCAUCGGACAGGCCAGCGAGUUGGAGCCCCCGUCGCCCGCCGACAACCCGGAGCAGGCGGGCCUCCUCCUGGGCCUCGUGCGCUUCGCCUUCGACGCCCUCACCCGCGCCCUCCAGGCCUACCUCUCCUGGAUCCACCUCAACGCCCUCUCUUCUUCUACUUCUUCUUCUUCCUUCUCCUCCUCGGCGUCGUCGUCCUCCAUCGCCGCUUCCGUCACUCGACCAUGGGUGGCACGCGUGUCGGCGGGCGAGGAGGAAGAGGGCGUCGAGGCGUGGCAUCAUCGGGACCUGAGCCGGGAGCAGGUGGAGCAAUGGGCCGAGAAGCGCGAGGCCGCUCUGGAGGCGCUCGAGUGGUCGGUCCUCAGCCCCGACCCGGCCCCGCUCAUGGAGUGCCUCGUGGGGGCGGCGCGGCGCGGCACCCCCGACAUGGCCUCCCUCGCACUCGCCCUCCUCCCUCGCCUGCUUCGCUUCGCCAUCGGGUGUCCGCUCCCCUACCUCCCCACGCGCCUUCCCUCCCUCUCCGCCGACUUGCGCAGCUUCUACGACUACCGGCCUUCCAUUCGUGGCGAUGGUGCCGGCGUCGCAUCAAGGGUCCAAGUCGCCCUCCUAUUCACCCUCGUCGCCCUCUUACUCGCCCAAUCGUCGCCUUCCUACUCGCCCUCGUCGCCCUCUUACUCGCCCAAGUCGCCCGCCUAUUCGCCGUCACCGUUGCUUACCACUCUGGAGCCUCCACCGCCCCAGGUCUUCAACUUCGGAGGCGCCGGCCCGGUGGCUGCGGGCGCCCGAGGAGGAGGCGCAGGGGGCGGAAGCGGGUUCGGUGGGACCGCGGCGUGCGGGUGGGCGUUCCCCCAUCGCGCCUUCCGCUCCGCCCUGCGCUACCAUCCGCCCCCCUCCACCUUCGCGCUCCUCACCAACGAGCUGGCGCGCGUGGUGCGUCAGUUGUGCUCGCCCUCGGUACCCGCGUGGAGUGGCGUCCUGCGGGAGGCCGUGCGGGCUGCCAUCCUCGAUCUACCGCGCCUCGUCGAUGACCUCUGCCUCGUCCCCGCCUCCUCCGAUGAUCCGGCGGCGGAAGCGGCCCACAUCAAUUCUCCCGCUUUCCACCGGCGGCUGUGGCAGGCCUUCGGCGCCCUCUCGGUGGUGGGGGGACCUCGCGGCCUCGCCCCCGGCGCUCGCGUGCGGCUGCGCGAACCCGACGGCGUUGACUCCACCCUCGCACCUCAGGCAAGGGGCGGCACCAUUGUGGGCCGGUCCGCCGGCGGCAAGUGGCUCGUGGAGUGGUCUUCGUCUCCCACGGACGCCCGCCCCCGCUGCGAAGUGCUCGCCGACACUGACCUCCUGCUGGUCGAGGACAAUGCGCUGUGGGCGUGGGAUAUGGACGAGGAGCUGAUCGCGGCUCUCUCGGUGUUCGUCCGCACGGGGCGCUCCCACCUGGACGCGUCCUCUUCUGGGCCUGCCCCGUGGUGGUCGCUGGUGUGGCGCCAGCUGCGCUCGCUCUCCCUCCGCGCCCUCCGCGUGUGGGGCGCCACUGCAGCAGCCGCAGCAUCUGUGUCUCCCCGCCCAGACGCGCCGUCGGAGGCUACAACGGCGCCGCGAAUGAAGGGCGGCGUCGUGCGCGAGCUCGUACGAGCCACCCUCGACCACGCCUCGCGUCGCGUCAACACCACCUCCGCCGCCGGCGCUGCGGCGGGCGGGCCGAAGCGCGGGCCGCUGCGAGAGCGCGUGGCGGGCAUGGAGGCCGAGGAGUGGGAGCUGGAGCUGAGCCGGGUGCACGCCGACCUGUUCGAGCUGGGCGGGCCGGGCGGGCGCGAAUGGAGCGCGUGGCUGCCCUUCCACCCGCUCGGGCGUGGCGCGACCCCUGCUGCGCCUGCCGUGCGGGUGGGCCAGCGACACGAGUGCGGGACCAACAUGGCCAUCUUCUCCCUCCCCGACCACGACGACGCGCCCCUGCCCCUGCCCGACCUCCAGCCCGCCUGCGUGCUGGCCCGCCACCCGAUCCCUGUGGAUGACCUGCCGGCCUUCUACUUUGAGGUGGCCGUGCGCGAGGAGGGCGCCCACCCGCACCUCCUCGAAUUCGGCCUCGGCCUCGUGCGCCGAGUUAGCUUUUCUUCGGCCUCUUCGGCCUCGGCCUUCUCCACGGCCUCUUCGCGCCGCCUCGUGGAGGCCUUCGUGACGUGGCGAGCCACGGGCUUCCGCGCGACGGCCUCGAUCGCCCCCGCUGUGGUAGCCACCCCUGCCGCAGCUCCGUCUCCGUCGUUGAGUGGCGCCGGCGCUUCUUCAGCCGACGUCGGCGUCACGCAACCGGCGACCGACGCCAUGGACGUGACGGCUCCGGAGCACAGCGACGGAAACGAGGAGGCCGCAAGCUUGCCCUCCACCUCCGACGGAGGAGCCGGAGCCGGAGCGGAGAGCAGUGAACCGCCGCCGCCGCCGCCGCCGGUGGUGGCAGAGGUGGUGGUGGCGGAAGGUGAGAGGAAGCUGACGGUGGAGAAGGAGCUGUUCAGCCUGCCCUUCCGCCGGGGCGACAUCCUCGGGUGCGGCUGGAAUCGCGCCGACCACUCGAUCUUCUUCACCCGCGACGGCGUCGUGGUGGGAACCGUGCCGCUGCCCGCCUCCUUCCGCCAGGCGGCAGCGGCGGCCGAGGGCUCUACUGAAGAAGAGCUGCAACGGGACCAUCAUCGCCCGGCCAUCCACCCGAUGCUCCGCGUGCGCAGCAAGGGCGCCGAGCUGGUCUCCAACUUCGGGCAGUUCCCCUUCCUCUUCGACUUCCACACCCACCUCCGCCACCAGCUCCUCCUCCUCCCCACGCCCCCAUCGGCCAGCCCCAUCCUGCGCCACCUCCUCAGCGCCGCCGUUCACUCCUCCGCCUCCGCCUUGCGCCCAGUGGGCACGAUCACCGGAUGGCGCGGCCACAAAGCGGAGUGGCGGCGGCCGCCGGGGGCGGGGUCGGGGGCAGAGCAAGUGCGGGUGCGGGACACGGUGCUGCUGUGGCUGGCCUCCGCCGACGUCGACCUGCGCUUCUCCCACGUCGUGACGCGCGCCCUGGACGCCCGACUUCCCUGCCAGGUGGAAGCGAUUGACCGGCCAUCGGUGGACUCGGACGAUCGCGCCCUCCUCAGGUGCCUGACGCGCGUGGAUGCGGACGACGAGACCUACGCGGCAUUGCGGGCAUCCCUGACGCCGCCCCGCCUCUUCAAAUACGGGGCGCUCCUGGAGGACGAGGUGGCGUACCACUACGAACAUCAGCUCGCGCUGGCGUGGAUGCUGCAGGAGAAGGAGGAGGACCUCUCCCUCGACCUCUUCGUCGGGGGGACCGACUGUGCCAGCGCGCUCCGCUUCCUGCGCCUCACCUUCGACCGAUUCAAGAGCGCCACCCUUCCGCUCCUCCCCCCGCCUGCGGACGUGCGGCAAGGGCAGGGGCAGGGGCAGCGAGCGCUGAACGUGUUGGCGCAGCGCGUGGCCGCACUCCUCCGCAAGGAAGCCCGGGGCCGUGGCGCCGCCUCGUGGGGCACCUUGCUGCCUCCGCCGCCCAAAAAGCCGCGCCUCAUCCACGGCCUCGUCGGGGUCGUGGCCGCUGCUACGGAUACGACCAUCGCCACCGCCCCCGGGGAGCAGCAGCAGCGCUCGGCGUCCUUCCACGCGUGGAUCCUCCACACGCUGGCCCUCGCCUUCCCGCGCGCCCUGCCCUUUUCCCACACCACCCAGCUGCUCAUGGGCCUGCUGCGGGCGGUGGAGAGUGCGGGUCCCGGAUGUGAGUCGCUCGUCGCCGCUUUCCCGUUUCUGGAUGGGGCACUGGACGUGCUGCAGAGGUACGGUUCCACGCUGGCCGGGAGCCUACCGGCCGAGGCCCUCUCCAAGUCGCUCUUCUCCUUCACCGAGUCCUACCAGCCGCCCCACCAGCUCACCGAUCUGCUGGCGGCCAACGUGGAGCGUUCGUUCGGUAUGCUCUCGGAGGAGGACUGGGCCAAGGCGCGGUUCUGCAAGUACGCCAUCGAGACGCAGGCCCUCUUCCACCGCAUCUCGUCGCCCGCGCUUCCCCCGCCCUACGCGGCCCCUUCCGGCGAGGCCGUGCACGUGUGGGACCAGGAGUGGACGGACCCCGCGUGGCAGCUCACCGACGCCAACUGGCACGCCACCGCCCUCCUCGCCGCCGACCUCGCCCGCUACUACCACCACCACGCCCUCCACCACCACCCCUCCACCACCACCCUCUGCCGCCUCCCAUGGAUCGACCUCACGCGCCACCUACGCCGAGACCUCCCCCUCGGGCAAGAGUACGAGGAGGUGUUCGAGCAGGAGGGGGCCAUGAACGUCAGCGUCCUGUACGCCUUCGAAGGGACCGAGCACGUGCAGGGCACGCUUGAGGCCGUCACGCUCGACGGCAUCCACGACGAUGAACCCGACCACCCCUUGAGACCCACGCGAUCAGCCACCUUUGCGGGCGGCUUGUUCAAGGCCGAGCCCGGGCUCCUGCGGCUCGGGGAGUUGACCGGCGGCGAGCGGCUGAGGGUGCGGUGGCGGCCCGUCGACGGGGGCGGCGGCAGCGGUAGCUCGCCGGCCUCCACCGGCGGCUGCUGGCUCAAGCUGUACGUGGUACGGCGCUGGACGGCCGACGGCCGACGGGCGUGGGUGGAGAGCAAGGCGGCAGACAUGCGCGCGUUCGUGGCCGGGCACCGGGCCGUGGAGGUCGGUCAGCGGGGCGAGGUCCUGGCCCAGCUCAUGGCCCUCCUCAACGAGCGCGCGGCGCGCAACAGCGGCGGCGGCGCCAAUGGUAGCGGCGGCGGCGACGAGGCGAUGGGGUGGGCGUGGAGCGUGGCGCACGAGCUGGCCUUCUCGCGCGAGGAGCUGCUGCGGUAUCCGCUGCUCGACCCCACGCACGCCCCGCUCCCGUGGCUGCGGUACGAGCUCUGCCAGCUACGGCUCCUCAGCGCCGUCGUGGGCCGCGCCCUGCCGCUGUUCGACCUCCACCUCCGCCUCCGCGCCCUCCACAAGUCCGCCGCGCCCGGCGCCGCCGCGUGGAAGCGCCCGCGCGAGCCCUACCCGCUCUCGCUCCUCCUCCCCAUCCGGCACCUCCUGCCCACGGCCCUCAAACUCGACUUCCUCGCCUCCGUCUCCCGCCAAUCCCGCAAGAAGCGCGGCUCCAAGAAGGUCAUCGUCAAGCGACGUUUCGAGCCCUCCAAAGAGCGGCGUAUGGAGGACACGGUGUUCCAUCAGCUCUUUGCCGCCCUCCAGCACAUGGACUGCGCCAAGUUGCGCAGCACCGACGCCAACGAGCGCCCCUGGACCGUCGCCUUCCAGGGUGAAGGCGCCCAGGACGCAGGGGGGCCCUUCCGAGACGCGUUGAUGGACGUCUGCGAGGAGCUGCAGUCCCCCAACAGCCUCCUGCCCCUCUUCAUCCCGUGCCCCAACGCCCAGACCUCCUCGGGCAGCAACCAGGACGGGUACAUCCCGCGCCCGUCGGCCACGCACAAGAACCAUUUGGCCAUGUUCGAAUGGCUCGGGCGCCUCAUCGCCGUCGGUUACCUCGCCCACUGUCCGCUGCCCCUGUACUUCCCGUCGAUCGUGUGGAAGGGCAUCGUGGGCGAGCAGGCCACCAUCGCCGAUCUCGAAGGCAUCGACCAGUACUGCGGCCAAACGCUGGACGAGCUGCGCAGCGCCCGAGGCCUGAGCGAAGCCACCUUCGAGGACAUCAUCUUCGAGAAGUUCACCACCGUCCUCUCCGAUGGCACCCUGGUCCCCCUCAAGGAGGAGCCUGUGACGUUUGCGAACCGGGACGAGUACGUGCAGCUGGUGGUGCAGGCGCGGCUGGCCGAGGGCGCGGAGCAAGUGCGAGCCAUCCGACGCGGCAUCGCCGACGUGCUGCCGGCGGGGCCGCUGUCGUUGCUGACGUGGCGGGAGGCUCGGGAGCUGCUGUGCAGCGAGGCCGAGAUCGACGUCGACUUUCUGCGGACGCACACGCGGCACAGCGGGUGGGACGAGAACGACGAGACCGUGCGGUGGCUGUGGCAGGUGCUGCGCGAAUUCACCGACCGGGAGCGCGCGCAGUUCGUGCGCUUCGUGAGCGGCCGCGAACGCCUGCCGCGCGGUGUCGGAUCGGACGUCGAGUUGAUGGUCAUCAACCGGCAGUACGGCUCCAGCCUCCCCAAGGCCUCCACCUGCUUCAACGCCUUCUACCUGCCGGCCUACGCCUCCCUCGAAGAGCUCCGCGAGAAGCUCCUCCUCGCCAUCACCUCCUGCCGCGACAUCGACACCGACUUCCGCGUCCGCGACGACUCUGACUUUUACCGCGGCGAUGACGACGAAGACGAGGAAGAGGAAGAGGAGGAAGAAGAGGAGGAAUGA